AUGAUAGCCACUGGUGGCCUGCUGCGGAUUUCUGCUAGGCGACAAGACUCGCUCAGGGCAAAGAAUCGAGCGGAGAACAAGCGUAAGAGGAAAGCGAAGAAGAAGAGGAAGAAUGAUGUGGUGGUGGUCAAGGGCAAACUCAAGCUAUGCUCCAUUUCAGGGCUGGUCGCUGGAGUGGGGAUCCUUGUGCUCCUGGUGGGAAUAUCCAUGGCCGUCCUGGGAUACUGGCCGAAGGACAGCUCUGUUUACCCCGGUCGGCAGGUGGCGAAGCCUAAAGCUACAAGGACCUAUGGCAAAAUACUGCCUGUAUUUGUUAACUUGACAAGCAAUAGCCAAAAUGUGCAACCUAUAGAUGAACGCUUCAUUGAGUUUAAUCGUACCAGUGGCACCUCGACUACUGAUGCUCCUCCAACCCUUGGUUUCUUUGCAGAGUUCCUUGCCCAGCACAUGUAUUCAGAUAAGUUGAAAGUGUUUGGCCCUCUGAUUAUGGGCAUUGGAAUUUUUCUUUUCAUUUGUGCCAAUGCAGUGCUGCAUGAAAACAGAGAUAAAAAGACCAAAAUCAUCAACCUUAGGGACAUCUAUUCGACAGUUAUCGAUAUCCACAGCUUGCGGACCAAGGACAGUAGCCCACUAAAUGGCUUUGUGAACUAUGUUCAGUCGAGGGGUUUAGAAGGCAAGCCCAGUACCGCCUACAGCACUGCUGUGCUUGCCAACAACUCCUGGCCCUCCACGCUUUCAGGAAAACUACAAGAGCAUGGGGCUGAUGGCAGAUCGAAGCAGCAGUCCUUUCUGAAGCGGCACAGCUUAUCACCAGAGAGGCAAACAUUCACCGACACUGUCUACAGCAUAUACAGAGAGCAGAACAGGAUGACUGAGCAGGUGACAGAACCCAGAGAGUGGGAGACCAGGUCCAUAGUCACCUCCUCCGUUAACGCUUUCACUCUCCCAGUGAUAAAACUUAAUAACUGCGCGGUGGAGGACAGAAGACGAUCUGGAAAAGCAGAUGUGGAGAGUGCACUUGACUGUAAAGCCAAGGCUGUUGUCUGCGAGGCCCAGGAUGCUCAGUGGAGCUCCUGCGACCCAGAAACCAAAGUGGAGGCCUCAGGAGAUGCAGGGAUCUCACACCAGGAUUCGCUGGAUGUUUACAAGAGCAUGGGCAGCCUCCCGGGGUUGCCACGUGCUUCACCGCAGGGCUCACAGGUACAGCUCCUGCCUGCCUCACCCGGUCGGAGGCUAACGGGGUCGCACUUGUCCCUCAGCGCCCUCUCGGACUACUCAACGUCCAUCGACCUGGGCAUCUGUCCAUCAACAGCCAAGGAGAGGCAGCCAGAGAGGCCUCGUCGCCUCAGCUGUCCUCGCCUGGACUACUCAAACAACAAGGGCUACAUAAAACUGGGGGACCUGGGAGGGGAGUCUUUUGAGUCCUCCGAGAUAUUAGCCUCCAGUCGAGAGGUCUCAGUGGAAAGACUGGCAGAUGGUCAGAGAAAGGUAGCUACUCCUGACCAGGAAGAUGCCAACUCUGGCGAGCUACAGCCAGCAAUUAAAAGGCAAUACUCCAACAAGGAAAAGCUGCUGAUGAUAUCCAGAUCAGACACCACUUUGGACGAUGAGGAAGAGGAAAGCACUGACAUUUGAAGGAACAUUUAAGUGUUUAAUUGCACAAGGGUGACAUUCUACAGAUUUGCAAAAGGACACUUUAUAAAUUAUUCAAAAACAGAUCAGUACAAAUUAUAUGGGCUGUAGUAUAUGGGCAUAGUGUCUAAAUCUCUGAUGAGGCUCAUCUCUGAUGAAGCUCCUCUUUGCUGAUCUUGCAGUCAAAGAGAGAUAUUGCAAACAUGAUAUUAAAAAACAUGAUAUUAAAAAACAUGUAUUUUGUCUCAAUUCAAGUUUGUAAAGCAUUUAUAUAUUGAUUUGCAACAUUAAUGUAGUAUGACCCUUAAAAGUAUUGAUGGAGUACAAGCAGUUAUAGAAGUCAUAACCCAAAGAAUCUCAGAAUGUUGCAGUUAAUGUUUACUGAAGAAGAGUAAAAGCAAAAACGAGACAAAACACAAAAAUAAUGGUGCACUGUUAAAUUGUGAUAGUGUGUCUCACUAGAUUAAUUAGUGUGUAUUUAC